UGCCGGCACGUGGGGCCCCGGGCCGGCCCCCGGAGCAGGGAACGAGGGGCAGGGGCUACCCUGGCUGCACCUCCGCUCCCCGGCACAUGCCGGGGCCGGGCUGGGGUCCCGCGGCCACCCCACUGUCCCCGGAGCCGUUAGCGGGACAGGAGCCCCAGCCCGCUGGCACCUCAGCCAGGGGAGGGGAUCGCCUCGGUAGCCCCUAGACGGCAAGGGCUGUGUCUGUCCCCCUCUCAUGUCCCUGUGGGUUGGGGGGUCCUGCUGGGCUGGGGGCUUCUGUGUGAGGUGCUGCUGCCCCCCAGGACUGCAAAUGAAAGGAUCCUUUUUUUCAGGGAAAAGAACGUCUGGUAGUUGUGAAGUGAGUGCACUGGAAGACCCACCAACGCGCUUCACCCCGCACAGGUGUUCUCUAAGGUACUGUGAGGUACAGAUCAGUGAAUCAGCUGAAAUGAAAACUCCUGCUCAAGUUCAUUUGGCGUAGGAAAACAAAAAGAAGCUGUGAAAACCUCAUUUUACAAUCUGCUUCAUCUUGGUUCAUCAUCAUUCCAGGAUAGUGGUGUCCUUGGGGCUCUCUCUUAACACUGACAUGGUACAGAAGAUUUAAAAUCAGCUGAUGUUCACAAGGAAUAGAGUCACGUGAUGUAUGAAGGCAAACACAUACACUUCUCUGAGGUUGACAAUAAGCCCUUGUGCUCAUAUAGCCCCAAACUGUGCAAGCAGAGGCGACUUAACGGCUACGCCUUCUGUAUCAGACACGUUCUGGAGGACAAGACUGCCCCCUUCAAGCAAUGUGAAUAUGUGGCCAAGUACAACAGCCAACGCUGCACCAACCCCAUCCCCAAGUCUGAGGACCGUAGGUACUGCAACAGCCACCUGCAGGUACUUGGCUUUAUACCGAAAAAGGAGAGGAAGAAAAAGAAUGAUCCCAUAGAGGAGGUAAAGGUCAGGCAUCAGAUGGAUGCUAUGGCCUUCAGUCUGACAGUGCCCACCCUGGCCUUGAAGAUGCCCAAUGGACUGGAUGGGAUGUCCCUCUCCCCUCCAGGGGCAAGGCUUCCUCUCCACUACCUGGAGGCAGAAUUAGAAGACCCCUUUGCUUUCAACGAGGAGGAUGAUGACCUAAAGAAAGGGGCAGCAGUGAAGAAAAAGUUGCAGAGCAAGUUGGCUCAAAACCGGCAGCGCCAGAGAGAGACAGAGAUUUUAAAAGUUCGCCAAGAGCACUUUAGCCCCAUUCCUGCACCUUUGCAGCAGCAGCCUCUGCAGCAGCAGCACUCCCAUCUGCCACCUUCAUCAGCGUCGUUAAAGCCGACAGGGCUACCGCAGGGCACAGUCUGCAAGUCACCUCAACCUCUGAACACCAGCCUACCAAUGCAGGGAGUGGCACCCACCACACACACUAUAGCACAAGCGCGGCAGUUGUCCCACAAGAGACCUCUGCCCCUCCUGCCACCCGCCAGGGCUCCUGUCACGGACCCGCCAAGGACUGACCGGGUCCUCAUGAAAGCCACAGCCUUCUCUCCACACUCGUCCUGCGUGAGCCGGCUCCAGAGACUGGUGAAACUGUGCACUCGAAAACAGCAGCUGGACACUGAUCUGUUUCCUCACUUAGGGCUGGAUUGGUCUGAAGACAGUGGAGAAGAGCUGGAGGAUUCAGAGCAAACCUCCCCUUACCAGGUUGCGUGGUCUAUCCGAGAAAGCCUCGGCUAUGAGAGACCUGAGUCCGAUGAUGACAAUGCAGAUGACAGGAGUUCCAGGGUGACCAGACUUUGCACUUACUUUCAGCAGAAAUACAAGCACCUCUGCCGCCUGGAGCGGGCAGAAUCUCGCCAGAAGAAAUGCCGGCACACGCUCCGGAAAGCCUUGCUGCAGGCAGCCAGCAGAGAGCCCGAGCGCGCGGGGCAGCUCCUGCAGGAACUCCGGAGAGCCACGUGUGCUUGUACCAGCACAAGCCAAGCAAGGCAGAGAGAUGCAGAACCAACAACCUGCAGUGGGACUUCAAAGGGAGAGCAGUGCACUAACAAGGCCCUUCCAUUCACCCGGCACUGUUUUCAACAUAUCUUACUGAACCGUUCUCAGCAGCUCUUCUCGAGUUGCACAGCCAAGUUUGCAGAUGGUCAACAGUGCUCUGUGCCAGUUUUUGACAUUACACAUCAGACACCUCUGUGUGAAGAACAUGCCAAAAAAAUGGAUAAUUUCUUGAGAGGGGACAGCUCCCGUAAAGUUCAGCACCAGCAGCAGAGGAAACCCAGGAAAAAAACGAAGCCACCUGCACUUACCAAAAAACACAAGAAGAAGAGAAGGCGAGGCCCACGCCGGCCCCAGAAACCCAUUCCUCCUGCAGUGCCCCAAGGGAACCUCACCAUGCCUGCCAGUGUCUCACUGCCAGUAGAGAUACCCCACAUACGGAGCCCCUCCACACCAGAGCUCAGUGCCGAUGAGCUGCCUGAUGAUAUCGCCAAUGAAAUCACAGACAUUCCACAUGACUUGGAAUUGAAUCAGGAGGACUUCUCUGAUGUCCUGCCACGGCUGCCCGAUGACUUGCAAGAUUUUGAUUUCUUUGAAGGCAAAAACGGAGAUCUUCUUCCGACCACAGAAGAGGCUGAAGAACUGGAACGGGCCCUACAGGCUGUAACUUCCCUUGAGUGCCUGAGUACCAUUGGAGUACUUACACAGACAGAUGGUGUGCCAGUUCAGGAGCUGUCAGAUAGAGCGAUAGGGGUGUUCUCUACAGGUGCUGGAGCUCCAGGAAUGCAGUCCUUGAGUCGAGAGGUUAACACGGAUCUGGGGGAGCUGUUGAAUGGGCGUAUAGUACAUGAUAAUUUCUCCGGUCUGGAGCUGGAUGAGAACUUGCUCCGUUCUGCUACCUUGUCCAACCCACCUACGCCCCUGGCAGGGCAGAUCCAGGGGCAGUUCUCAGCCCCAGCCAACGUUGGCCUUACUUCUGCCACUCUCAUAAGCCAGAGUGGCCUUGGGGAGAGAGCCUUCCCGGGACAGUUUCAUGGACUUCAUGAUGGCAGCCAUGCCUCCCAGAGGCCCCAUCCUGCCCAGCUGCUGAGCAAGGCAGAUGACCUGAUCACCUCACGACAGCAAUACAGCAGUGACCAUUCACACUCCUCACCCCAUGGAAGCCAUUAUGAUAGUGAGCAUGUGCCGUCUCCCUACAGUGACCAUAUCACAUCCCCUCACACCACAUCCUUUUCUGGUGAUAACUUGGCAGCUACCUUCUCAGCAGAGAUGCCCAUGAUGGCACAGCACUUGCUCCCAACUCAGCUGGAUGUGCCACUUAGCGGGGUGGUCAACCCCAGAACUCACUGGGGAAAUCUUCCUGUCAAUCUUGGGGACCCCUCUCCGUUUAGCAACCUUCUUGGUGCAGAUGGACACCUCCUGUCCACCUCCCUGUCCACACCACCUACCACCUCGCACUCAGAGACCACACAGCCUGCCUUCGCCACUGUGACCCCCAACAGCUCCAGUGUGCUUCCGGGGUUACCGCAGACCAGUUUCAGUGGCAUGGGUCCUGCCUCCGCUGAACUCAUGGGCUCCACCUCCCCUAAACAACAGCUCCCUCAGUUCAGCGCAGCCUUUGGGCACCAGCUGAGCUCCCACAGUGGCAUUCCCAAGGACCUGCAGCCCAGCCACAGCUCCAUAGCUCCUCCCACGGGCUUCGCAGUGACCGGUGCCACCGCUACCAGUACCAAUAACGCAUCCGCACCCUUCACCACCUCCAACUGAGCUUGUCUGCCUGGCUCCCUGCAGGUAGAUGGGGGACCCGUGUUUUCUAUCUUUCCUUUUUUCCUUUCUCUUUAUUUCGUCUGUCUUCUCUUCCCUUUUUUUUUUUUUAAGAGGGGGUUGAGAAGAAAACCCCUGCUUCAGUACUGACCAGGGUUAGCCCUCUGUGAACCUUGCUGUAGCAUUCACAUGUGCUUGUUAGGCACUGGUGCUCAUUUAUUGCAGGCAGGUUCACUGUUCCCCAGUAAUUCCUUAAGGACACAGCACAGUUACUGGAUGUGAUAGAUCUUAGCAGUAAGACCUAGAAACGGGAAGAUACCUCAGAUCACUGAUGCAUGUUACUGUUCCCUAGGGUUUGGAUCAGUGCUUGCCAUCCCAUCAGCAUCUGGUAGAAAGUUUUCCAGUGGGCAGAAGUCUCUUGAUUUUUUUUUUUUUAAUUUUCUCCUUUUCCAAAGGUAGCAUCUGGCAUAGAAAACUUGGCUGCACACAUUGAUUUUAGAGUGGUGCACUAAGUCCUAAAUCAAGAUCAUUAUUCAAGGAUGACUUUGGCAAUUUCUUGAAAUGGUCUCUUGACCUCCUGUGUGUGUGUGUGUGCGUGUGUGUGUGUGUUUGGGGUACAGGGAGCAGCAAUUCCUUUUCUUCUUUUGGUGAAGAAGUAGGAGUUGUCCCCUUCCAGAACUGGUCACUGUUUGUACUGCAUGCUGAUUUUUGUUUUUUUUUUAUUAACAUAAUUUGUAAUUCAUUGAAUAGCAAAGGGAUCAGUUGACUGGUUGCCCAUAAAUUUGAAGGCCGAUAUGAAGUUAGCCCAGGAAAAAAAAAAGAUAAAGGUAAACAGAAGGAUUGAAAUAUAGAUCAUGGAUUAGAGAAGAUUCCUGUGACAAAUUCCCUUCCUUGUUGAAUUACUGUGGCCUUGUAGCAUUGAUGAUUUGCCUUUUAAAGUGUGUCUUUGUCCAGAACUCUUCGCCUGACUGGCUGACAGGAAUUUCCCAACUGAAACAGGAAGAAUUAGUUUGCUUUUCUGCCCAUCCACACAAGUCUAGGUCAGACCCAUUGUAAGUUUCAAAUGGGUGCAUUUCUUACAAUGUGUCUAACUAGUGAGACUUUCUUGGACCGUUUAUAAUCCCCUGAGAGCCAUAUAGUUUUUCCAGCACUUGAAGGGUUUGAUGCUCUGUUUGGGAAGCUGAAUGUAUGUAAGGAACUGGCAGGUACCUAUCAGCAAUCAUGGCUAACCAAAAGAGAAUUCACUAAAGCAAAACAGGUAACAAUUCCUUCUGUCUGCAGGAUGGUUUUGUUAGUACUGAUCACCUGCUAAUGACAGUAUUCAUUCUUUGCUAGUAAUUGCAGUUCCUAAAGAAAGGAGUCAGCUAGGUUUUAGAUUUUUAAAAAUAAUUGUUAUUUUUUGGUUUUGUUUUUUAAACCAAGAGGUAAUAGCAGCAGAAUUUCUGAGGUGUUUACUUGCAUCUCCUUAUCAAGAAGGAAUUUGCUUAUGACUCUAUAGGGCUCAAACUUGCUACUGUGCUCUGACUUUGACUGUAAAAGUAGCUCCUGUUUAAUACAAGUCUCUACUGUUCUUGGUUUGUUUUGGAGAUGCAGAUGAGGGAAAAUAGAAAAGUCUACAUUUCAGUCUUGUACUGUAGAUGAUGGGUUUUAUUCUACCUGUAUGUAUUUUAGUCUAUUUCAGGAAAUUAAGAGAACCAAGCACAUGUAAUAGGGAGGCCUAAAAAAAUUCCUGUGCAAAGGAUCACUGAAUGAAUUUAGUUGCUAUAGAAAUUAAUUUCAUUAGCAGUCAGGCACAUACCAAAAUAUCUGACCCAAACCUCUCCUUCCAUCUCCCUAAGGAACAGAGUUUAAAUGGGAUAGGUCUUGUGUCUUCUUACUAUUGUAGCAAUCAUACUAUCCCUCUUUUCUUGAAUUAUCUGUCCUCUUUGACUAUAAGAGUAUGGAUGAUGCAUAUGUCCUUUUCUGAAAUUGCAAGUGUAUGUGGGUGGAAGAAACAAAAAUUAUUUUCAUGCUUCUGUUGUUAUGAAGUCAUUAUUUCAUACUUGGUAAAAUAUAUCCUAAUAAUAUAAGCCGAAUAUUUUGAGUGGUGAUUUAAAUAUGUUUGUAACACUUAAAUGUUUUUAAAUCACAUAAAAAGUUUAAUUGAAGCCUAUGAAAUCCUGCUUGUGAUUGUCCUGCUGAUUGAGGAAUGCCAAGUGAUGUUGUGAAUGAGGCAAAUCUGACAAGGCUUUUAUUUAUUUUUAUAUUAUGUUACCCAUGUUUUGUUGAGGAGACAACUGUUUGAUUUGCAGAUGAUUUUUGUUGUGUUCAUAUACCUUCUUCAAUGUGCUAGCAUGUCUGACUGACAAAGAGUGGAGAACUAGUAUACCAAAUGGUUAAUUCUUUAAUCUGUUUGUGUAUUCAUGUAAUUUUAGAGGGUGUUAAUUUCUAUGUAUUGGUUUCAGGACUUUGUUCUUGAAAUGGUUCUUGUGCCCAUCAAACUUCUAAUGAAGUAAUGAAGCUGCAGCUAGUGCAGAGUAUGUUUGCCCCACAUCAUAUUUCUCUUUCUUAGCAAAUGCUGGGGGGGAAGAGAAGAUAGGAACUGAGAGCCAAGUUCUGCUUGGCUGUGUUGGUAUAAAUUACAGAGGAGCUUUCUGGUCUAAGGUCACAGUGUAACUCAGAACAGAACCCAGCUCCUAAUCUGUGCAUCGAUUUAGAGAGGGAAUUUCAAAAGCUGUCAGAGCUAUGCAGGUCCAUGAUAGCCAUUUGAAAUCAAUGGCCUUUAUGUAUCUGCGUUUCUUUAAAGUAGUUUAGGACAUCAAGUCUCUUCCCUCACUUAGAUUUCAAUUUUUGUAUAUCACUUGAUGGCUCUUCCCUGAAAACUGACUGCGUAACAUUUUUCCGUGAGCAAACUAAGUUUGCAAUAAAGCUGCACUUUCAAAAAUAAACUUCAGUUUGUAUACAAUUGAAAUAGGAAUCCCUCUGUCCUGUCUGCCACAGUGUUCUGAAACGGGCCACCACUCUUGCCUUUUCCUGGUUCACCUCUCAUUUUUUCACUACCACCAAUUUCAUGGUUACAUGGCUACCAAGCAGUUACGGGUCUUGAUCUUAGCUUUACAAGGUGGAUCAUUCCAGGUGGGUUUCUACACCCACACAACCUGUUGACUUCAGUGCAUCAGUGUCUUACUGUUGGAUGUGAGACAUCUAACUGAGAGGUAUGUGUAGUCAGAGAUAUUUCACACCUGUUCCUCUGGGAAAUCCUGCUGGCCUGGUUAAGGUGGUCCUCGAGGCUGUUACUUAUGUGGUUCCCGAGUAGAAUCCAUGCUCCCUCACAAAUGUUUUUGAGUAUCAGCUCUUAUAGCAAUUAGCAUUCUUGUCACCCCUUCACCAAAGAGCCAGUGUAGCAAUUUCAGAUGCUCAAUACCUGUUGUGCCCUUUAUGUGUUGACAAAUGGAAUAAGGUUAGUUGAACCUAAAAGUUAAUUUCUUCACAUAAGGUUGGAGUUCUUAAAGAAUGAGAAAAAUUAGACACAGAAUAGAAUCUAAUUUACAUAAUUCUGGCAAUAAUAGCACCUCAAUUCGUCUCUGUACCAAAGUACUUAACACAAGAUGAAUUUUGGCAGUGUACAGAGGCAUAUCAUGAAUAGCUUCAUGCUCUCCUGGUGCAUAAGGCAUUCUUUUAGAUAUGCUUUGGCAUUUCCUUUCACUUAGGAAGACCUUACACCUGCUUUGAGGGGAACCAUAUGCACUUAGAUACCUCAAAGUUGAUUUGUUCUUUGGCUUCAUAAUUAUGAAUCAAGAACUUUGUUUCCUCCUGCCUUCCAGUUCCUCCAGGUUCUUGCUUAGAUCCCUUCUUGUUUAGUAGCAUGCUUCUCUCUAUGGCUGAGUAUAAAGGCUUUAAUUUGAUAAUGCUGAGAGGUAGCACAGUUGCAGGUCAGCCUCAGGCACUGUGGAGAAAAUGGCAACAGCUAGAUUUCCAACUGGAAAUGGGGAUUUGCAGUUCUCUGUUGGAAAGCAUUGAAAACCUCGAGAAGCUUAUCGCCUGCUAGGCAAAAAUCAGAGAAAAUAAAUUGUCAGAGAGUAAUUGUACCUAAUAGCAAAGAGAAGCCAAGGGAAGUCACUUUUUUUUUUUUUUUAAUAAAAGGAAGAUGAGUAUUGAAAAAUUAGGAUGUUCUGUUGUGAGCUGCCACUGGCUUUAGGGGCGUGGCCAAGGCAAAAGACCUAGGACUGAACCUGCAAACCAGUAGCCAAAUUCAUUAUGAAGCUUUGUCUUCUGUAACCACAUCUAAAUGCAAUCUGGGAUUGAGUCUACUUGCCGAGAGAGUUCUGCAAAGCUGUACAAUAAACACUGGGCAGUUUUCUUCCCUGAGAAGCUGGCCCUGGUGGCUACCUACGCUGCUUCUGAGCUCCAGCUGCUCCCUGAGCUCCUGCAGCCUCCUUGCUGCUGCGUGUCCCUGCUGGCAUUGUCAGGCUUCCAAGGGUAUUUCUCCCUGUCUUUGUGCUGCAGUGAGCUAAAUCCACUCGUGAAUUCUCCCAACAGUAUGAGCCCUUAGGGCUGCGAGGAGGGAAACAUCUUUAGAAGAGCCGGCUACCUGCAGUUAACCUUUCAAGACUUGCAGGGUGCAGGAUGGUGGCAGGAGGUGCUUUCAGCUGACAAUAGAGAAGUUACCUGCAGUGGUCUUCAGCAGUGAGACAUUUAUGUGGCUGGCCAGGCAGAGCAUCCCUGGUGGAACUUUUUUCCUGGGGUAUUUUUUCUUUUGUAUUUUUGCAUGUGAAGGAGUCUCCUGGGCAGACCUCUUGCAAGGUCCAGUGGUGGCAGAAAUAGUAACUGAAGGAAUAGUUUGGGGUAGUGUUCUGGCUGGAUCUUUAGGUCUUUCUCACCUUCUGAUCACAAGGUCUUUCUGAUAUUUUGGGUAACAUUUAAUGAUGGGGAUUUGUGGGCUACUUCUUGUACCUCCUUUAUUUCCUUCCACUCCAGAUUCUUCAUCGUUCUUGCUUCUAUUUUCCCAUUCUCAGACACUUCUCCAGUGUAAGUUAUGCCAGCUGGUAAGUCUUCUGUGGGUUCUGAGUGAAUCUGACUAAAAUGAAAAGGAGAUUUCUGCAAUUCAUAACAUAUAUUUGGAUGCUAGAAUGACAGUGCAAUAGAUCAAAGUAUUUUUCAGAUCAGUGAGUAGGGAGAUGUUUCACAGCAUGCUAAUACGUCAUGAACUAGAUGCUGAGGGUACAACAUUGAUCAUGGGAGUGCACAUGCUAGCAGUGAAUAUGCAGGCAUUUUUAGCAAGAAUUUACCUUCUCAGAAGUUCCUCUUCUUUUGAGAUGUGUAUCGGUAGAAAGUCACAAAUUAAAAUUUAAAGUACUCUUUCUUAAUACACUCAAGCCCAAAUAACAGUAAGGAGGGUUGGUGACAAAGAUCUGUAUUUGUGUUCUCACUUGAAUCUUCAGCCUCUUUAAAAAAAAAAAACCCAAACAGUAGUGACAAUUUUCCCUUUGCUUCCUGGUGCUUCUUAUGUUUGUCGAGUUCUUUUCUUUCCCCUGUUCUACUCUGCUCCUUCUCUAGCUACUGUGGAAUAAGGUAAUGUAAUGGAAGGAUGAAAGGACAGAGUGAGCAUGGCUGUAAGUUGACAGCAAUGGUUGGAGAAGGCUUUCUUUUAUCUGUCUCCUUGAAGUAUGUGUUGGCAUCUUUUCAGCCUACUCUGGGUCACAGAAUUCGGUCUGGAGAUGAAUAGGAUGAAACUUGGGCUUUUGACCAUAAAACUGUACUUACUUGCUGUAGAAAAAUGCAUUCUUCCUACUCUUCCUCUUGCUAGUCCCCCAAACACACACACAGUGAGAUGUCCAGAGUUACCCGCGUGUUGACCACACAGGUAUGUUGAACUUGGUCCAGAAAUGCUAAUAUUUAACCUGCUUUCUGUCAUUGUCAGCUGGUGCCCACGGAGAUGAACUCCGGAUAGGUAACGUUCCCAGAUAUCCUCUGGAAAACUUUUAACUUUGGUGCAGAUUGCUCUGAUGUAGCUAACUGCAAUGGCAUUGGCUUCUACCUUGGACUGAUUUACCCUGAAAUGACUCUCUAACCUACGUCUUAAACAGUGUAGUUGGUUCUGGUGCAAAUAGAUUAUUUCUGAAGUGAUGGACAUUUUGAUUCUCAUGCAAAAUACUACAUCCUACCAGAAGGGGUUGAACCAGUUUCUCUGAACAGUGAUGACCUUCACUGUACAGUUUUGGGUAUGUCUCAGGGAUUCCUUGUGGAAAUAAGGGCAGUUAAAAAAAAACUAAAAAAAAAAACUAAAAAAAAAAAAAAGGAAAAAAAAGUAAAUAGUUUUAAAAGUAAAUAAUAAUUUAAGGUAGAGCGUCACCUAAGUGAGAGAGCAAGAAGGAGAAAUCUUUGUUCAGUUUUACAGUCAACGGUGUCUGGCUUACGGACUCUUUCUCUUCUCGGGGCUCUCAUCUCAAGUUCAACAUACAGAAUCUUUUUCAUCACGCUCAGCUUUAAACUUUUUAUUUAAAGAUACCCUUCCCCAAUGAGCUUUCAGAAUACUUAUUGUAGAUUUUAAGAGAAAUGGUAUAUUAAUUUAUGCUAUUAACAUCACCUCAUAAAUUAUAAGUUUUAUACUAAAGCUGUAUUGAGUGUAAUGAAUUAUGUUGCAUAUGUGUUUUUAAUAGCUAUAAAAUUAUAUACAAGCUUUUUUGGAAAAACAAACUAGUGAAGCACCUUUUUACACUGGAUCUUUGCCGUGUCAAGGUGUACAGCUAUUCUUUGCUACCUUGCAGAUAUCUAUAUCUAUAUAUAGAUAUAUAUAUAUAAAUAAAAUAAAAUGGUAUCCUGUAUCAACAAGUAUAGAACUCUUUUUAACCCUUAUAUUACUGUUCCUAUAACUCUUUUUAAAUUUUGAGUGUUACAUUCUGCAAUAAUUUAUCUGUGGUUUGUACCUAUGAUUAGAAAUUUAGUUACAGGGUAAAUAGAUCAAAAAAUCCAACUACUGUAGCUGGGAGUUGUGAACCAAGUUUGUAAGACCUUUUUUUUUUUUUUUUUUUUUUUUAAUGUAUUUAUUUCCAGUUAGCUCUGUGAGUUGGAAUUUGAAAAGUUGGAACAUUAGGAAUCUACAGUGUCUUAUUCAGGAAUUUUUCCCCUCCUUUCCUCACAAAGGAAUUCCCACUGUGACUUAUAAAUAGAAUUAGACUGCUUGUGUGCAUGUAUGUAUUAUAUAUACACACAAAAAUAUGCAUUGGGGGGGGAUGUAUGUGCGAUACGAAUGUGUAUAUUGUAUGUAGGUCAUAGUUUUGUAAAGAGAAAAGUAGUCAAGAGGUGAUGGAAUGUAUUGUAGAAAUGUGAUUAUUUAGUAGGGGGUUGUUAUGUCCUCACUGUUGUAUAAAUAACUGAAACUCUCUACUAUAUAAUCUUCUGUUAUAAGGCUAACUCUGAUAUCAUGUCAAUUUUACUGUUUUUCAAAUGAGUUGCUUUGAGCCCUGUUUAAAAUGCCAUGAAAAUACCAAGCUCCCAAAGACAGCCUUUAAAUAAAACAAAUGGGGGAGGAGGAGUGAUGGAAGAAACAAGUUUUUCAGGACAAACUGAAUGGGAAGGUUUGCAUUCAGUGGGGUGGAGAGGCAUGAGAAUUGCUGUAUCUUUGCCAAUUAAUUCCUGAAUCUCCUAUGGUCUGACUUGGAAAAUGUUGUCUAUCAGUGUACUUGUAUUUUCCAAUUAGAUUGUAAGGGGUACUGUUUGUGCAGUGGUUUCCAUUCCAUAAAAGGAUCUUGUCUUCAAAGUAGAUUUUUUUUUUUCUCUUCUGAGGAUAUUUGUGUGUAUCAAUUUUGCCCCAAAAUUGCUGCUGUGGGAUCGCAGAACAAGAUAUGCAUCCAGUCAAGGGGGUUUCAUUUGGGCAUCAAAUUCUAAAUUUGAUUGUGACCACUUACCUUUUUUAUUCAUAAUUGGAGAAGGAAGAUUUUUUUAUGGGAGAUCUCGCUUAAAACUGUGAGAAGUCAGAAACAUUCUUGCAGAUUGACUUACUCUUCCUACUAUUCUAUUUAAGCUGGAGAAAGUAAUUUAAGUGUUAUUUAUUCAUACAGUAUCACUUUUAAGUGUGAUGAUCCUGGUGACUUAAAAAAACCUUUUUAGAAAAACAGAGUUUCUAGUAUUGGACAGAAAUUUGAAAAUUUUUGCUUUUUCUUUUAUAUAUAUAUAUAUAGUUCCCUCUGUAUCAUGUUGUUGAUACUCCCCCAGGCAUCCCUCACCCUUUCCUUCUUCCCACAAUUUGUUUCUGGCACAUCUGCAUACAGGCAAAAGGGUAGGGAGGUGGAAGUUGUCAGAGGCCUUUUCUUCUGCUUAUCUGAUGGUAAUGGGAAUUAGGAGCAUAGAUCUUUAUACCUUUAUGGAGGAAAAUAGACCCAUUUUUGUGUACACCUGUACAGAGAGAUGUAUCUGUAUAUGAGAUAACAGCAGCAUUUUGCUGAAUGUGGACUUGCCCUCGUGACGUACAAUAAAUAUGUAUGAAUACAAUCAAUCUAAAUCUAUACAUACAUGCUACAGAUUGAUAGAUGGAAUAUACCUUGCAUCACACACCUGUGCAUUAGCUGCAACAUGAAUCAGUGUGUGAGCUAAAGAGAGGGACUUUCCACAGAAUGUAUGUGUAACAGGUAAGCACUUGUGCUUAAGACAAGUUGUUUUAAAUGCUUCUGAGGGAUCUGGAUGACUCAGAGACUGAUCUGAGCUUGCCCACCAUUGGUUUGUGUUGCCUCAGCCCUCGAAGUGGAGUUUCCUUGCUAUGUCUCUGCUUUUGUUUUAUAUUUAGUCUUGUUGAGGCCUCUUGCAAGAUGCCAACUUCUUCUGCUUCUCUGCUCCAUUGCCUCCAUUCCAGCUCCUCCUUGUCCCUGCAUUUCUGCAGUUUCUCUUGCUAGCAGUAAUCAGCUUUAAUGGCCCAAUCCAGCUCUGCUUAUGCAUUCUCUUGGUGACUGGAGUGGUAGCUGAAUUUGGCUCUGAGCACCUGUUUGAACUUAUGCAAACUUCCCCAGCUUCAAUUGUGAUUCAGUAGGACUGUGAUUGAUUUACAGAUGAAUACAAACUUUUCAUGGAACCUGAUGCAAAGCUUCCUAGCAUAUUAAAAGGUUAACCCAGCAUUAUAUUUAACUGGUCAAAAUGAGAAAACUGCACCCACCAAAUACUACCUUCCAAUUUUCAACCCUAGGGAGAAAAAAGAAAUUAGAUUUGUGUUUCCUAUGACAUGAGCAGUAAGCAGAAGGCAGCCCUGUGCUCUGUUCUGAGCAAUGGGGUUGUCAUCAAACAUAUCAAAAGAAUCAGUUUGUUACACUUUACCAUAAAAUAUUUUAAAAUAGAGUACAGAGUUGACCAUUAACAUGCUAGCACUUUGCAUCUAAUUGUAUACUGGGUGAUCUUGCGUAUGCAAGUAAAUUAUGGGCUUAAGUGUUUCAUUUUCUGUUUUCUGGCUAAAUGGAGCUUCUAUAUCCUUUUAGCAGAAAGCAGCUGUCAGCAACCUGCUCAGUCACAUUGAAGUGCUGUGUAACUUAGGCUUCAGUUUCAGAGGAGAAUGCUGCUCCAGUUCUGUCAUUGAGCCAUACCGGAUUCCAUGUUUUCAAUAUGGCUAUGACACAAUUUUUCUUGGCCACAAUUCAGCCAUGGAAUUUUGUCUUCCUUGCAUUUCUGUUAGAAGAAGGUAACUGGUGUACUGUUCCAUCUGAGCUUUCAUGCAGUCAUACACGACUUCUAUGAUACAUAUGUUGGGGAGUGUGUAUGGGUAUGUCUGUGUGCUGCGUGUGGAUAAUACAGAUUGAAACACACACGCCUGUUAUGCUAUUUCAAUUUAUGUAUGUGGAGAAUGUACCUGUUGGUUAUCUCCUGAUAUAUACUCAUGCAUACCUAUAUUAAAUAUGUAUAUAGAGUGUAGAUGUCCUGCAUAUACAUAUGUAUAUGUUAUGAAACUUGGUUGGCGAUUUUUUCCACACUUUUAUUUUGCAAAUUGCUGUCCCUUAUUACUUAUUUUCACUGAAGCUGCGUUAUAUAGAAGAAAUGGAGAAAUGUGUUAUCAAAGUUUUAUUUUAAAAAGGAGACUUUUAAUUAUCUAAAGCCAUUUGUAAUUGUCUUUUGAAUUUUUACUGGAAAGGUUGUUAUUUUAAAAAGGAAAAAAAAAAACAAAAGCAAGCAGACAAGCCCUUAUUCCCACCGUCAUUUAAGUGAAAGAAAUGGAAACACAAGUUUCUAAGUAUUUAUUUCCUUCAGGUGUUUCUGAGACAUACAGUAAUUGCAUUCUGCCCCAUCCCCCUUUUGUCCAAUUAUGAUUAAUGAUUCAUGAUUUUCUUUUUCCCUCAUUACUUUCGUAAAUCAUUGUUCACCUCCUACGUUCAAUAGUACUGAUAUCACUAAGGAGAUUUCAUGUCCUUCUGUCCUUUUUAGGAGAAAUACCAGUGCAUCACUAUUAUGUUUCAUUUUAACAUACUUUGUGGAGGAUGGAUGUUUUUAUUGAAGAUGUCUGUAACCCGUCUAACUUAUUUAAUGUGAGAAGCCUUCAUUGGAAUCUAUCGUCUGUUUGUUUCCAACAAGUUCAAGUUUCUGCAACUGUUUUUUCACCAACACGUUAAAUAUUUCCCUUCUUAUUUUAUGCCUGAGGUUUUAAAAUUUGGGUUUAUUUUUUUGGUUUUUUCCCCUCCAAUUCCCAAAAAUGUUUAUCUGCAAGUGGAGCAAAACAGAUGUCAGAAGCUCAACCAAUAUCAUUUUUGCAGCUAAGGGUAAAUAUAUUUAUCCUAGACUUUAUAAAAGAAAGUGGCAGAUGGACAAUCUGAAGUGCUUAGAGGGAAUGCUAUCUCUUUUUAAGGCUGUCUCCGAGAAGUUUGUGUUUGGUGUCAUUUUAAAGGUAGCUUGAUCAUGCUUUGAUAUCAGAAACAGCCUUGUAACAAAGAGCCUCAUACAGUUGUUCGGUCACUAGAGUUUAAAAUGUAAACAAGUUGCAGUGGGAAAGCAAAGGUGAGGCAGUGUAUUUUUGAACCAGUGAAUUGUAGCUUGCAAACGUACCUGAUUUUGAAGUAACUGCAUGGUAGCAAGGAUUAGCAGUCUCUUACACCCCUUCCUUCUUCCCUCCCUUCCCUGACACAUGUGUUCAGCAUACCAUACAUUGGGAAAAAAUAAACAACUUCUCCAGCAACGCUAAUCCACUUAAUGACUGCUUAAAGGGAAGAUACAAACGGGCGCUGCCGCGUCCCGUCUCACGGCAUUAGCUGGAAGCCUGGCUAAUACCACAAACAGCCCAGCCCAGCUCGCUUCUGUGGACGUGUCGCUUUGGGAGAGUGUGGUGCAUGGAGGUGCCCAAGAAGAAGGGUUCCUUCCCUCUGGGUCCCUGGCAGCAAUGGCAACUUGCACCACUGCUUCUAGUGCUGGAGGCUCACGGGACAGCAUUCCAGGGGCGGGGAGGAGAGCUUGUGUUUGUACUUUCCCUUUAAAUAGGAAAGGUUGGCUCACGUGUUCCUCAUACUUCUCAAUGAAUGUACUGUAUUACCAUUUAAAAGAAAAAAAUCAAUUAAAUGAUAAUAGAUUGGUCUCCUUUUGUUAUCUGGUCCUUGUUUAAUUUGUUUAAGGGUUUUUGUAUACAAAAGUUUACAUUUUUAUGUAUAUUUUUCUUGUGUAAAAACUGAUGUAAUAUGUGUAUAAAACACUGUAUGUAUUAUCUGUA